AUGAGAACUCUUCCAGAGAAAAAUCCUUUGCUUGGAAAACCAAAAAAAUCAGUGCUUUUGAAACAGUGCAAAACAUAUAAUAUUCGGUUUGAAAACAAUGUCUACAUUGACUUUAUAACACUUCCUGUGCCAGUUCCUUCUAAGGAUAAUCCUCUUUAUCUUGUGCGUAUGAAACAUAAGCAGGAUUAUAUUUCUGCAACAGCAAUGUUUCGUGCAGCUUUUCCUUCUGCUACAGAGUCAGAUGAGCGUAUCGAAUUUGAUCAUUAUGUUAUAAAACAUAUUCCCAGUGCUACUUCUAAUGAGUAUACUUCAGGUAUAUGGAUUAUGUUUGAAGAUGCACUUUCACUUGCUGAAGAUUAUGGAAUUCGCCCCUGGAUUAGAGCUUUGAUUAAUGCUUCUAUUGAACGCUCUUGUGAAAAUAGUGUUUCUCCAUCUAAGGAGGUGACUGCAGCUACAUUCAAAAAGCAUAUACAGUUUAGUACAGAAUCCAAGUCUAAAUAUUCUACUCCUGCUAUAUCUCGACAUGAUACUAAUGUAUUUUCUGAAAUUCUUACUCAAAAUUCUCAUGUUAAACAACAUGAUUCUCCAAAAAAAAUGCAUUCUAAACCCUUUAAAAGCGAUACUUUAGAUUCUUCUCCACGCUCUGUCAAAAAUACAAUACCACCUAUUUCUUCUACCUCUGACUUAAGUAAACCUCGAUCUUCUAAAAAACGGCCUUUAGAACUUUGUGGUUCUGAUGAUUUUAUACCAAUUAAACGCACUAAAAUUGAACAACUUGAGGCAGAAGUCGUUAUUGAACGUCGAAGAGUCAAAGCGCUUUUUGCUCUUGCUAUUAGCCUUGGUGUGAGCGUAACUCUUCCUUACAUCUUAUAG